AGAACCCAAAAGUUGGAGAGAGAGCAAAGGAAGAACUCUGGGCCGUGGUUGGGGAACAGAGUAUUGUUGAAGAAUCCCAUAUACAGAGUUUGCCAUAAUGAAAGAAACAUUGCGUCUUCCUCCAAUUCUGCCGCUGCUAGAGCCGCCAUUGCACAAUUCAAGAGGUUUCUGGAGUGCUUGUCAACGUCUGGGCCAUUCAACGAGGCCCCAGUGAAUGGGAGAAUCCGUUGGAGUUCGACCCAGAGAGGUUUAUGAAUGGUAAACAUUGCGUCUUCCUCGUAAUGUAUUUGCUUGCUACGCUUCUUAUUUAGAAUUACUCACUAAAAAAGAAGAACAAAAUUAAUAUAAAAAAAAGGAAAUGUGUACAUAACAAAUAAGGAAAAGAGUGGUAAAUAAAAGGAAGGAACAUUUUUAAAAAUAGUAAAAUAUUGAAAAGGAAAAUAAAGAAACCAAACUCAAGAGGUUAAUGAUAUUUUGUAUUAGAACAAUUAAUAAAAAAAUGAACCAAUCACAUGGUUGGGCUGCAAAAUAAUAGCAAAGGAAAGCCAGCAUUUAAUAUUCUCUCGAAAGGAAAACACAGAAAAUGUAAAGAUAGAGUUAAUAAUUAAUAUAUGUCCACAUGACACUGACACACAACCAAUUUUUGGCCGGCUAAAACCCAAUUUAAUAAGGAAAAUUUCUCUUCCAUUUCUUUUAUCGCCUUCUUUCUAUUAUUUUCUUUAUAAUAUUUUAUUUUUAUUUUUCUUUCUGCUGCGAUUUUUUUACAUCAUAUUUCUCUUUUUCUUACUUUUACUAUGUUAAUCUUUUUAUCGUAUUUCUUCUUUUUUCUUUUUUUACUGUAUUUCUUUUCAUCGUCUUUUCUUUUUAGGUUGUUUAAAUUUGGAUGUAUACAAAAAAUAGAAAAAUCUAAAAGAUCGUGUGUAUAAAGAAUGUCGGAAAAAAAUCAUUUAGACUAAAGUAGUCGUGUUGAAAAAAUAAACGAUCGCUAGAAAAAAUAAAAGAUAAUCCUGAAAAAAAAAUCAUUUAGAUUGAAGUAACCGAAUAUAAACGGUCGUCUAAAAAAAUAAAUUAUCAUUUUAGAUAAAUCUAAACGAUCGUGUACCAAAAAAUUAAAAAAAUCAUGUACCAAAUUAAAAAAAAAAUCUUUUAGAUUUCAAAUCUAAACGAUCAUUUAACCAAAUUUAAAGUUACUAAAUUAAACGAUCGUCUAACAAAAUUAAACAAAUAUAAUUGAAAAGAUAAAUUGUAGUCGUAUAUAAACGAUGAGACAUUUUUGUUAUUUUACACCGUGGGCCUAUGGACUUUUUCCGUUUUUAAAAUUGUUUUAUGUGUAUAAAUAUUUCGUGGAUGUGUUAUAUUUUAAAAAGCGUGCUUACAAAAACAAAAACAAUAUUUUUCUAAAGAAAAGAUAUGUAACAUGGCAGAUUUUUAUUGGUGAUGGCACAAUCAAAAAUUUUCUGUGUAUAAUCUUUUAUAGUUGAAAGGAAUCUGUAAGGACGUAGUAAGAGGGUCGGCCUUGGCCUCAAUAACUAAUAGAUAAUUUCAAGGGGUUGUGAUUGAUGAAAAACAAUUGCCAGAGGACAAAAAUUGGACGUAAACUUGAAGAGAGUGAUUGAUUCCUUUACCCAAAGGCAAGAUAGAGCCAUAAAUUCCUCCUCUGUCUCAUCUCCACUACAUUUUUGUUGCUGCCGACCUUCAACAACAAUUAUAUUACUUUUUUUCUUUUUUUUACCCAACUCUCUUCCUUCUCCACUCCCCCAUGGAAGAUCCCACCUCCAAUUUUUUCUCCAUUGACCAAUCUCACUUCUUCUUCACCUUCCUCGCCGCUCUUCUAAUCUUCCUCUACCUAAGGCUCACCCGGCUGCGCGUCCCGCUCCCACCGGGUCCCCGCGGGGUUCCACUCCUCGGGAACCUCCCUUUCCUCGACCCCGAACUUCACACCUACUUCGCCCAACUAAGCCAAAAAUACGGCCCGAUAGUCAAGCUCCAGCUCGGUAGAAAAAUCGGUAUAAUCAUAAAUUCACCGUCCGUGGUACGUGAAGUGUUGAAAGACCAUGAUGUCACGUUUGCCAAUCGUGAUGUUCCCCAUGCCGGGAGAGCCGCGUCAUACGGUGGUUCCGACAUAGUUUGGACUCCGUAUGGACCUCAGUGGCGAAUGUUGAGGAAAGUUUGUGUGCUCAAGAUGUUAAGCAACGCGACUUUGGAUAGUGUCUACGAGCUCCGCCGUAGAGAGGUGAGAAACACGGUGGCUCACUUGUAUGCGCGAGCUGGGACGAGGGUGAACGUAGGAGAGCAGGGGUUUUUGACGGUAUUCAACGUGGUUACGAGCAUGUUGUGGGGUGGAUCAGUGGAAGGGGAGCAAAGGGAUGGUCUUGCAGCGGAGUUUAGAGAGACGGUUUCGGAGAUGACGGAGCUGUUAGGGCUGCCUAAUGUUUCGGACUUUUUCCCGAGCUUGGCUCGAUUUGAUAUCCAAGGCAUUGAGAAGAAGAUGCGUGAACUUGCGCCGAGAUUUGAUAGCAUUUUUGAGAAAAUGAUAGAUCAACGAUUGAAAAUUGAUGGCAAAGACGAGGGCGAGAGUGUGAAGAAGAAUGAUUUCUUGCAGUUCUUACUUCAAGUGAAGGAUGAUGGAGAAUCCAAGACUCCUCUCACCAUGACCCACCUUAAAGCUUUGCUCAUGGACAUGGUGAUUGGCGGGACGGACACAUCGUCAAAUACAGUAGAGUUUGCUAUGGCAGAAAUGUUAAAGAGCCCGAAAACUCUAAAGAAAGCACAACAAGAACUCGUAGCCGUGGUCGGAGAAGACAACAUCGUGGAAGAGUCCCAUAUUCAUAGUUUACCAUAUCUCAAAGCUGUAAUGAAAGAAACAUUACGUCUACACCCAAUUCUACCUCUGCUCGUGCCGCACUGCCCAAGCGAGACCGCCAUCGUCUCCAAUUACACAAUCCCAAAGGGAUCUCGAGUAUUCAUCAACGUAUGGGCAAUUCAGCGAGACCCCAAGAACUGGGAUAAUCCAUUGGAGUUCGACCCAGAGAGAUUCUUGAAUGGUAAAUAUGAUUUCAGUGGGAACGAUUUUCGUUACUUCCCGUUCGGGUCCGGGAGAAGAAACUGUGCAGGGAUAGGGAUGGCGGAAAGAAUGGUAAUGUAUUUGCUUGCUACACUUUUGCAUUCAUUUGAUUGGAAAUUGGGAGAUGGUGAUGAGAAGAUUGAAGUUGAAGAGAAAUUUGGGAUUGUUUUGAAAAUGAAGACUCCUCUUGUUGUCAUUCCAACGCCAAAGCUAUCUGAUCCCACUCUUUAUCAAUAAGAUAUCCAAGUAUAUGUACACUGAUGUACCACACAUGACGAAUUGAACAUAAAUAUGUAUAUGUAUAUAUAUACAUAUAUGUAUAUAUGAUAUUUGGACGAGUGACUAACCAUUGGUACCGAUGGGAACACGUGCUCCAUUAGUUUUCGUAUUUUAAUAUUAAUUUUGAAUCCAUCUUUUUUUGUAAAA